AUGGCGAACGGCGGCGAGGGACAGAUGAAACGCGAAGAGGGCUUGGAGAAGAGAACACCCACAGCACACUCUCGAGCCUCAGCCCUCCACGCUCACCAGUCACCUCUCGCUCUCAGUUCCCGCGUCUCCGGCCAGUCUCCACUCUCCACCUCGAGCUUCCGGCACAACCUCCGCCCAACCACCGCCGCCGUCGCAAGGUCCGUGGAAGUCACUCACCAUCGCAAGUUCCUUUCAGCCAGCUUUCCGUUCGCUCAGCUACCUUUCCUUUCAGCCGUCAAAAUCGCAGCCACCGCCAGUUGCCGUCGCGAGUGUCUUCCCACCGGCGCCAGCUCUAUUCGACCCUUCCACCCCAGUCACUGUCCCUGUCGCCGUCAAAUCUGCAUUCUUCCCUAUCUUCCACUAGCAAUGGUUCAGCAAAGAGCACAACAAAGUGUAUCUGGUUCUAGUGGAGGCUCUCUUGGUGGGUUGGCCGAUGGUAGCACAAGAGUACAAGGUCCGGGUGGUACCGCCUUGUCAUCUGAUGUUCAAGUUCACCAAAGCUCUCAAUCUGCGGGUGGAAGUGGAAUUGGAUCCCAUGAUGGUGGAAACUCACAUGGGCAAGAAGCUGAAAGGUCUACAAGUGCAGAAAGCAGCAUGCAUAAUGGUAAUGAUCAACCUCUGCAGCAAGGUACCGCAAAGUCGCAAACCUCAAUGAAGCUGGGCAGAAUACGUUAAGGCGUGCUGGUGCUUUAGGUUUUGUGGCAUCUGCUGCCAGUGCUUUUGAUGCUGCAAAAGACAUAAUGGAGGCUCUUAGGAGCAAGCAUGCUAAUUUGGCUAGUGAACUUGAGGUACCAGUUGAUACAGUGAAUCUCAACAUGCUUCCUAUUCUUGAAAAUCCAAACACAAGCAAGGUUGCGAACAGAGAGAGAGAAGAGCUCGAACAGAGGAGACGACGACGGUCACAGAGCAUCCACACGACGGCGAGGGAGCUUUCUACGAGCGACGGAGCUUCCUACGACGGAGCUUCCCAGCGGAGAAGAGUUCGGCGAUGACAACGACGCGGGGCUGCGGGGGCUGCGGGCUGCGCGAUUGGGUGACUAGGGUUCUUCUUUCAAUUUCAAAUUUUCACUUUAGUUUUAGAGGAGAGAGGAGAGAGGAGAGGAGUGUGGGAGUGAGAUUGGGUUACCGGCUUACAGCCGUUGGGGAUUUAGAGAAUUAGAGUUUCCAUAUUUUUUUUUAAAGUCAAAAUGACAUUGUUUGGAGAGAUUUUUAUCGAACCGAAAAUAUUUUAAAAAAUUGGCCGAUUUUAACGGUUUAUCGAUUAA